AAUCUGAUCAUGGAUAAGGUGAUGAGAAUGUCAUCAGGGAAAGGAGUUGUGCUCUUCACCAAAAACUCAUGUUGUCUUUGCUACGCCGUGCAGAUACUUUUCCGUGACCUUAGGGUUCAACCCACAAUCCACGAGAUUGACAACGAUCCUGACUGCGUCGAGAUCGAGAAGGCCUUAGUCCGUCUUGGCUGCCCCAACGCAGUUCCUGCUGUUUUUGUAAGUGGUAAGCUGGUGGGUUCUACCAAUGAAGUCAUGUCGCUUCACCUAAGUGGCUCUCUCGUACCCUUGAUCAAGCCGUAUCAGUUAUCUCAUAACUAG